AUGUCAUCAUCAAAUUCAUCGCUGUCAGUAGAUGUUGCACAGGAGGCUGCUGCUAUGGACCCUGUGCCCACUACAGACAUAGUUCGUGCGCGAAAAAAGUGGACUAAAGACAUGAAUAUGUUCAUAUGGCGCACUUAUCUCAUAAUAACUGCAUUAGAAACAAAAGUCAAAGGAUACCUAGAACCGUUACACAGACAAUUCGUCGAAAAAUACCCUGACAUGAAAGUAUCAAAGCAGCGUGUAGGGAACCAACGACGAGCAAUUUUGAGGAAUAAACUCCUUCCAUCCAUUGUGUUAACUGAUCUGAGGAAAGAAGUCUCAGAGAUUCUUAACCAAGAAAACCAAUUAUUACCUGAAACAACUUUUGCACGUAAUUCAUCUAGAAGAAUCAACUGGACUAACGAUAUGAAUGAGUCAAUCAUUAAAUCUUAUUACAAAAUCACUCAGCUUGAAACAAAUAAAUGUGCAUACCGUAAACAGCUUCAUGCAAGUGUAAUAGACCAAUUCCCACAAUUAGAACAUCUUUCAGAACAACGAAUUGCAGAUCAACGUCGAGCAAUUAUAGUAAAUAAAUAUAUUACCGAUCAACGGUUAGAAGAAAUAAAACGAGAAGUAGAAUCUGUUUUAACAACACCUAAUUUACAACUUAGUCUUGAAAACCAGAUUUGUGCGAGUACAAAUUCAUCAAGACCAAAUAACAUACAGACGAUUCAAACUUCUAUUUCACAAAAUACCUCUAUAAAUUCCCAAGAUAACGACCAGAUGACAGAUACUAAUAACCAUUAUUACAAUAGAAGUAAAUCGAUCACAUAUACAAACUCACAGUUAGAUUUACAUAUUAUGGCUAAAUUUGAAGAAACACUUAGCCGUUUUAAAGAUACAAAUCCUACAGAAAGACCUUACAUACCAAAACAAAAAGUCUCUAGGAAGCUGAAAUAUAUAAUCAACUACAUAAAUACAAAACUAUUGUCGAAACAAAUAACAGAAAAUGAAAAUUUCAUAAAAACACACACGACACUAUAUUGUGCGGCUUUUACUGCAGCAAUCUGCAACGGGACAAAAAUCAAAGAACAAAGAACUGAUAUACACCAAACCAUCUAUACUCCAGUCUGGCAACAGAGACUACGUAAAAAAAUAGAAGAUUUAAGAAGAGACAUUGGAAGGAUGAUACAAUACAUGAGGGGUAACAGAAGUAGAAGAUUGAAACAACACAUAGACAAUAUCAAAAACACAUAUAAAAUACAUACUAAACACGAAGAACCCAACAUUACUGACAAUCAGGUCUUAGAUACAUUAAAACAAAAAUUAAACGCUGCAACAAGUCGAUUAAAGCGAUACGUAAACUGCACAUUAAGAAAAAAACAAAAUUCUCAAUUCAUUAACAGCGAAAAGCAAUUUUAUAGACAGCUCACAUUAAAUACACAAAAUACACCUACAGGUGCUAACACACAAUCAACGGUGACAAUGCCGUCAGCUGAAGACUUACUCGUACAUAGGUUCUGGUCUAACAUUUGGGCUAACCCAGUAUCACACAACGAUGCUGCAGGCUGGAUAAAAACGAACGCACAACUCUUGGACAAGAUUACUGCCAUGCAAUAUGAACAUGUCCCAAUACAAGUUUUCGAUGAUGUCAUAAAGAAAAUGCACAAUUGGAAAGCUCCAGGAACAGAUAAUAUCCAUAAUUACUGGUACAAAAAAUUUAGUAGACUGCAUCCAAUACUGCAUAAUCAUAUCAAUAGUUUUAUAGAAAACCCAGACACUAUACCAGAGUUUGUUACGGAGGGCAUAACGUACAUGAUACCUAAAGAUCAGGAACACCAAGAUCCAGGAAAGUAUCGACCUAUUACAUGUUUACAGAAUAUAUAUAAAAUAGUUACAUCAUGUCUCACUAAUUUAAUAUAUAAUCACAUCGAAAGGAACAAUAUUUUGAGUGAAGAGCAGAAGGGUUGUCGCAAAAAUAGUCGGGGCUGCAAAGAACAGUUAACAAUAGACACAAUAGCAAUGAAAAUAGUUUCCCUAAGAAAGAAAGAUUUCAGUGUAAUGUACAUAGAUUACUGCAAAGCAUUCGAUUCUGUACCACAUAGCUGGCUUCUGUAUAUCCUUCACCAUUACAAAAUUCAUCCAAAUAUUAUAGCACUCCUAGAAUCCACUAUGAAACACUGGAAAACAAAAUUAAAGUUAAUCAACGGUAGUAAUAUUAUACAAACUGCUGACAUUCCAAUAAGGCGAGGCAUAUUCCAGGGAGAUGCAUUGAGUCCCCUGUGGUUCUGCCUCGCCCUAAAUCCACUCUCCCAAAUACUCAAUGAAUCCGACGCAGGACUAAAAAUAUCAUCAGAUGAAAACGAAACAAAAUUGUCACACCUCAUGUUUAUGGACGACAUAAAACUUUACAGUAAUGAUAUACAAACACUCCAUAAGCUAGCAGAUCUAACACAAACUUUCUCUAAUGACAUAUGCAUGCAAUUCGCUGUAGAUAAAUGUAAAAGCCUCACAAUCUCCAAUGGUAAAAUAAUAAAUGCUGAAUAUGAACUAAACUCGGGGGAUUUGAUAGAACCACUUGACCCUCACAGUUCAUACAAAUAUCUGGGAUUCCAACAAUCACGCCAAAUACACCAAAAACAGGUUAAACAAGAUUUAAUCAAAAAAUUUAAACAUAGAUUAAACGCAUUAUUACGCUCUCAGCUGAAUUCACGUAACCUUACUAAAGCCAUCAAUACUUACGCUAUCCCUGUAUUAACUUAUUCAUUUGGAAUAAUCAACUGGACUAAAACAGAUCUUAAAAACCUGCAGCGAAUCAUAAACACGACAUUAACUACACAUCGCAAGCACCAUCCAAAAUCCUGUAUACAAAGAUUAACAUUACCAAGACAUGAGGGAGGAAGAGGAAUAAGCGAUAUCACCAAUCUCCAUAACAAACAGAUUACAAACUUAAGAAAUUACUUCUACACAAGAGCAGUGAAAUCGAAUCUCCACAAAGUAAUUAUAGAAACAGACAUGCGACUAACGCCUUUAAACUUGCGGGAUAGGACAACUCAAGGGAAUGAAAAAAUAACAGACAACAAGGACAAGAUUUUAACCUGGCAGCAAAAGUCACUGCACGGAAGACAUCAAAAGGAUUUACAACAGCAUCAUGUCGAUAAAAAAGCAUCGAAUGCAUGGUUGAUUCAUGGAGAUCUUUUUCCUGAAACAGAGGCUUUUGCAAUGGCAAUCCAAGACCAAUUUAUUUUAGACGAUUUAUACCCGGUGGCCGGUUGUGGUCCGAGGAAACGGGGGUCGGGUGGGUCACAACGAUACGUCAGUGUGGGAGGAGGUGGACGCGCGUGA